AAUAUUUAAUAUAUUUAGUAAUAAAUAAUAUAUAAAUGCAAACGGACCUGAUUUUGGAUUGAAUUGAUUUUAUUACUCUGAUUGCUCUUUCAGGUAGAAUGAAAAGAAUAUUAAAGUUGCGAAAGAAAACAAAACCAUUCGUAAUGUAUUUAAGAGAAUCAAAAACGAAUUUGCAGACAAUUCGCUCAGUCGAAAAGUGACAUUUUUUUUUUAGUGUUUUUUUGAAUUUUGAACGAAGAAGAUGUGCAAGUAUCGCGCGUGAUCUGGAAUAAGGAAAAUUCAAUAUCUAUUUAAUUUACUAAUUCACUAACUCAUAAAACAUUAAUUUUAUUAAAAUUUGGCUGAUAAUUAUUCACUUGAAUUGUUGGAUAAACGAAGACGAUAUUAUUAAGAUUGCGAUGAAAAGAAAAAAAAAUAAGAAAACAAAUAUGAAUUGAACUGCAAAAGUGGAAAAAAAGAAACUGAAAAUUACAGUUGUAAGUAACUGUAAAUUUUUUCUUGUAUACACAUUAAACUUAGAGAAAUGAAAGAAGCGUUUAAAAGAUGUUUUUAAGACAAUUAUUAAAGAUUGUGAAAAAAAAGAUUUAUUAAAAAAAAGAAGCAAAGUAUGAAAGCCCAGACAUUGAGUUGUGUUUAUGUAUACAGCAACAAAAAUAACAGCAGUAUGCAGCAAUAAAAGAAACAAAACAAAUAUAUUUCAUAUACAUACACAUAUGCAUAUGUAUGUAUAUCCUGUCUGAACAGAACGCAGAUUAGAGAAAAAACUAUGUGUACAACAUAAACAACAAUAAGAAUAAGAGUUGGUGAGAUUCGGACGGGUGGUGCUUGAAAGUUUUAUCGCUGCGAACAAACAAUUUGUUUAGCCGUUCUGUAUAAUAUAAGUUUCUCAAGGCAAUUCUCAGCCGCAAAGUUUUUUUUUAUUAUUAUUAUUAAUAUUUUUUUUCAUGAAAGUAAAGAAUAUUGCGUACAUUAUUAAUAUUUUAUUAUACGCAAUAGCGUACAUUCGAGUUUGUUGUACGUGUACAAACAUCAUUAAGUUGCAACUAUAAGGAUAUAGUGUCAGUGUAAUAAAGAAGCAGUCAGUAUUGGUCGAGCGGUUGUUAAAGCAACAGUAAAAAAUCUACAUACUUUAGACUUAAUAACGCGCGGGGUUGUUUUCUCACAAUUUAAGGGCCCAACAACAAAAGGUAGCUUCCGUGUGUGAAGAAACCUCCCCAUUUUUCGUUCUGCUCUUCUUGUCAUAAACACAAUGUCACCAACAUUUUUCUUUUGUUGUGUCUUUUAAAUUACCGCCUGGAAUGCUGUUAUAUGCUUUUGUUUUUACUUCAGCUGCUGCUGCUGCUGCUAUUGCUAUUGCUGUUGUUGCUACUGCCUGAAUUACGAAAAGGGAGGAAGUUCUAACUUACUUACUCUGCCAUUGUAGUUUACUGCUCUCUGCCAAUGUGCACCAUUUCUUUUAUUUUUACAAUAAUAAUAAUAAUCAUCAUCAUCAUCAACAUCAACAUAACCUUCGCGUACAGCGCCCUGGUUUUAUAAGAUGAGAAUUUUUGGAUUAAUUACUAAAUUUUUUUUCUCUAAGCAUUUGACAUCAACUGUCAAAAAGUAUACGUUUACAUAAAAAAAAAAAAAAGAAAACACCGAUGCAGAAGAUUCUCAAUACAAAAUGUUUUCACCAAAUUCCUAAAACUUUUAUAAAAAUAAUAUUAAUCGAAAUAUUAAUCGAUUACACAGAAAACCAAUGAAAGACGAUCGCUAGUUUGUCUUCCGAUUUUAUAACGAAUUCAAGAAAGACUAACGAGUUCAAUUAUUUUAACAAACGCUCAAUUAAGUACGCGAUUAACUAACUAACCAUAAAUCCAUAUACAAACACACGGUCAAUUUAAAGUUAAAGGAAAAAAAAUGGAUAUGAGCUUAGAACGAGAUAGCUCCGUAUUGGGCACACUCUUUCAGCAGAUUAUCAACGAUAUGAAGAACACAUCACCUCUCUGGGAGGAUUUUGUUGCGAAGACUAGUAAAUUGCAUGCCUGUUUAAGGGCGGCUAUACAGGCUAUAGCAGCGUAUUUGGAUGCUUUCCAAAAAAUCGCAGACGCAGCCACAAAUUCAAGAGGAGCUUCCAAAGAGAUUGGCACGGCCCUAACACGCGUUUGCCUGAGACAUAAGGCGGUCGAAACACGUCUAAAAACAUUUACAGCCGCCAUUAUGGAUUGUCUUGUGCAACCAUUACAAGAAAAAUUAGAAGACUGGAAACGUUCGGUGGCCACCAUUGAUAAAGAGCAUGCCAAAGAAUAUAAACGUUGCCGCACUGAAUUGAAGAAACGUUCCACCGAUACGUUGCGCUUGCAGAAAAAAGCUCGCAAAGGCCAAUCAGGCACUUUGCAAUCUCUAAUGGAUUCGCAUAUGCAAGAUGUUACUCUUAGAAGAGCCGAAUUAGAAGAGGUGGAAAAGAAAUCUUUACGUUCCGCUAUGAUUGAAGAACGCAUGCGUUACUGUAGCUUCGUACACAUGUUGCAGCCGGUAGUAAAAGAAGAAUGUGAGGUUAUGUCAGAAUUGGGUCAUUUACAAGAAGCUAUGCAAUCCAUUGCCUUGGUUACAAAGGAUCCUCACGUACUGCCAGCUGCUAGUGAGGAAUUAAUACAUGAUGCCAAAGCUUCUAUUAAUUUGUAUCCAGAAUCUCCCGGUGGCGGCGGAAGUGGUGGUGGCGGUGGCGGAGGCCCUGGUACUCAGCCAGGUUGCUCCAACUCUUUGGGUUCACGGAAAUCUUCAGUUUGCUCAAUCAGCUCGAUGAACAGUAGUGGGUCCAGUAAUUCACCCGGACACCCACACUAUCCGCGUUCUAUGUCACAGUUAAUUCCACCUACAGUACGCUUGAAACCGGGUGAAUCAAGUGAUAGUGGUUUUUGCUCAUCGCCAGCUUUAACAACACAGGCUUCUGCUGCCAAUAAUUCAGUUCACAUUAAUUCAACUUGGCCACCACAUUCCCAAGAUGCUGUUGAAUUGCCGAGUAACGCUGAUCGGCCUCACACCAUAUCUUCAGCUUAUGAGAAAGGUCAUCAACGGCCUCCUUUGACUGUUUACACAUUUCAAAAUCCCGAAACUAUAAAUGAAAGUUCCGGUUCAGUUAAUAAUGCAAGUAACACUUCCGGUCCGAAUACACCGUCAACCCAAAAGUCACCUGCUGGUGCGCUAAGUCGUCCGCCGUUACCAGUGCGCUGUUCGUCGUUGGAGAGACCGUUGGUGGGUAAUAACAGUCGUGGUAAUAGUAACAAUUUAUUGCAGCGUCAAUGCCCGUCGCCGAUACCAGCUCAUGUUACGAAAGAGCUAUCAGCUCAUAUCGCACAGCAGCAAUUACAACAGCAACAACAACUACAGCUGCAACAACAGCAACAACAACAGCAAUUCCAACAACAGCCGCAAUUAAUGCAACACAACAAUUAUCAACAAUUAUCGCAACUUAGCUCUCCGCCCACCUACGUUAAUAUGUCUGAACUGGCCAAUAUGGCGGCUAUAAAAAAUGCUAACCUACAACAACAACAACAACAACAACAGCCACAACAACAAUCCGGUGCUGCAUUACAGCAGCAACAAUCUGUAGAUUCCAUAUCAUCAAUUCAUUCGAAUGAGUCAGCAGGUGCUUCACACCAUUCCACGCCACCCAAUCAAACACCAGCACAUCAACAUCAAUCACAAUACACACGUUCCCAAUCUACCAAUUCCUCUUCGAAUGCUUCGUCCUUGCAUUCGCAUCCAUCCAUAGAGUCUACAGUGGCUACGUCACUGCAGGGCCAAACACCCACACCGUCCAGUGGCAGCUCCACGCCCCAAAAUCAUUAUUCGCCAUUACUCACAAAUUCGCCGUCGUCCACUGCUGCGGGUACCCCCAGCGGUGGUAGCAUUACCAGCGGCGGUUUAACUGGUAAUAUAGGUUGUGGCGCUGGUGGUAGCGGGGGUUUUAUUUAUAAUGUUUGCUCUCCAACGCCACCACAAAGUGCUAAUACGUCCAGCGCUAGCGAUAUUUUAAAAAUAACCGAAACAGAUAGCGGUCAGGGCGUUCCUAACCAUACAACUACCCACCAAUAUCCAAAUGUAGUAUCCCCACAACAAGAAGCAGCCACAGACGCUGCAUCUAAUAUUCAAAUUGUUAACAAUCAGGAAACUUCUUCUCCUUCUAAAGCCGAUUCAUGCUCCAGUAUCGUGGAAAACGAUGAACGUUCCCGUGCAUCAGUUUUGCAAAAGGCGUCAAUGUUUGAAAAACAAGCGGCUGCUGUUAAAAACACGCCACCGCCACCGUCGGCGGUAACACGUGGCGCACCAACCACCGAUUCUAGUAUUUAUGGCACUCGCUCUGUGCAACAGCACCAGCAUGGGCAUCACCAGCAAUACCAACAUCACCAGCAGCAGUCACAAGCACAAGCUAUCGAUCAACAGGAAGUGGAUAAGUGUUUUGAAGAUUCGAUACAAGAACUAAAUAAUUUAAUUGGCGAAUUAGACUCAUUUCAACGGGAAAUAGAUGCGAGUAAGCAGCCACACCAACUACAACAACAACAGCAGCAGCAGCAGCAGCAACAACAACAACAACAACAACAACAACAGAAAACACAACAACUAUCUCCAGCAGGGGCAGCAAUAGACUCAUACGAUUGCAAUGAAACUAUGACAAUAAUUACGGAUGAAAACAGCACGACCAUCAUAUGUGAGCAACCGAAUCAAUCGCAGGCACAGAUGUUAACCAAACACCAUUUGGAUUGUUGCAGUGCUAGCAAUCAGACAAACAGUAGCGGUUGCGGUACUGAUAUUUCCGAUACUACGUCCGACGACUGUGGUGCAGAUACACAAUCAAUUACUAGUCUUAAUUAUCACAACAACAAUAAUAAUAAUAUAAAUAAUAGUAAUUUGGUUAAACGUAAUCUGAAAUCGUUAUCUGAAGCGAACUAUAACAGUGAUUCCGAAUUGAGUCGUUGUUAUGUAAGUGAGACAAGUUCAUUGAUGGGCAGAGGUGAUGGUGAUGGGUAUGAAAAUCCUACAUUUGCUUUAUUUGCGGCUACCUCUUCUUCUUCAUCAAUGGCGUUUGAAGACAAUCGUUCGGACAAUGUAAUGAUGCCGACUCGGCAAGCAUAUGUGGAUAAUAUUAGCGAUAACGGUAGCGGAGUUGUGGUUAUUUAUGAUCAUCAACCGCCCAUUACUCCGGACAUUGAUUACGUUAAGCAAAAUUCAGAAAUAGUUAUGUUGCGGACGAAGCCUCAACAACAAGUGCAAUAUCAACAUGAGGUUUGCGAAUUGCAACAAUUGCCAGCCAAUCUAUGCGAAAAUCUUGUCUCACCUAGCGACGGGGGUGAACAGCAUGUGGCCACCGUGGCACCAGCGAAACAACGUCUUUCGUCGUUCCGUGCCUCCAGUGAACAAUUGCAAUUGCUCAAUAACAAUACUAUGGCCGCAAAAGGUAUGCAAAAUUCCAAUUCUAAAAUUCAAGAAAAUGGCGAUCGAGUUAUUGUUACUCAAGGAACAAUGACUGCCAUGACCGCACACAGCAGCAGCGAUACCAUAAUACGAAGAAAAUUACCACCAAAACCGCCUAUGCUUAGUGUCUUAAACGGCCAACGUGAGGGCGGCUUGAGAGGUUCGAAGGCUUUGGAAUUAAGUAAUGCUAUUAAAGAGCAGCAUCAAAGUUUAAAGAAGCCUCUUAACGUCGAUUUCAAAACGGAUUUAGAAGCAAAAAUACUUAAACAAAAACAAAAAUUACUAUUACAAGAACAACAAGAAAAACAGCAACAGCGAUUACAACGACAAUCAUCAUUACAUCCAUCGCCUAAAGUAUUUAAUGUUGAAUCAAAUUCCUCCUCAACACCUUUACCACCUCCUCCCCUGCCGCCAUCAAACUCCGAUACUGCCAACUGUAGACCUUCCUCCGCCACGACACCGACAGCUACCGUGGGAAAACCGAGCAUUACUCCACGACCAGCCUCUUUAUCGGGAGGAGGAAGUAAUACACGUGUAACUAGGCGAUCGUCUAUAAAUACUGCCAAACCACCGCCACCUAUUAGACGUAGUUCAUCAGUAACCCCUAGUCCAAAUGCUCCAACUACGCCUACACAUUCAAACUCUACGAAUUUAUUGCACCAUCAAACGCACUCAUUAAACACAUCUACCGAGAAUUUACCACCACCGCCGGCUUAUUUACUCGAAUCAUCGCGACAUUUUCCCACCAUCCCCUUAGCGCCGGCAUCAUCUUCACCAGUAGCAGGGAUAGCAGCGGGCGGAGGUAUGUUGAAUGCAUCACAAAAAGUAAGUGAAGCUGUAAAAGCUUUAACAGCCUUACGUUUACAAUCCGGUUCUCCUCAUAAUUUCAAACGUUCGCACGGCGAUCAGGAACAUUUAUCGCCGUUAUCGCCGCAUCAGCAAUCAGUGUUACAGAGUCCUAAAUAUCAAGUAGAUAUUUAUACUACUACUACUACCGCUACCACUAUCACUGAUAACGUUACGACAUCAACACGUAGAUCUCCACUGCUAUUACCACCUAUGCAUGAUAAAGACAGCUUUGAAGUUUAUUAUAAUCCUUAUAAUGAUUUACAAACGGCUGUUACUAAUAAUCACUUAAUGCCUAAGCAAAGCACUGCCAAUACUGAUGCAGAGCUUGAUUUGCGUAAUGAGUUCUCCCCAAUUUACCAACAGCUAUCACCGAAACCAUAUCAUCACCAACAUACCAGAUCUUCUCCCUCAUCUCUCUCCCCAAACAAUACUAUAACCGGUUUUGACGAUGAUCGCCCACCGCCCUUACCACCACCAAAUCCCCAACAUUACAGACAACAACCACAACAGCAACAAUCGAAAAGACCGAAUCAAUCCCAUCUACAGCAGAGGUCUUGCUACGACUUAACUUUGCCUUCACUUAAUAGCAAUUAUAAAUUGAUGCAAGAGAUGCAUCAGAAGCCGCUUCAAUCUCAAGAGCAAAAACAAUUACAUAAUUCUAACGGUGAAGCCAGUUACGGGUGUAAUUCGCCAACUUCUUUUCGCACCUCAUCGCCUGGUGGCAUUUAUGCACAACCAAAAAUUUUAAACAAUAUGUCUAGUUUUCGUACACCUAGCCCAGGGCCCAAUAAUCAUCAAGCACCAUCAUCAAUACAAGCUACUCAUAUACCAAAUCAACCCAAAACCAAUCCCAAUUUAAUUGCUCAACUCAAUGCAAGACUUAACAAUAAACAACAACAAUCGCAACCAGCUGCGACAACUGAGAGCGUUUAUGGUAUGUCAGGUGCAAGUAAUCAACACUAUCAACAUCAUCAGCAGCAAGAUGGUGAUAUCUAUGUGCGUAGCUAUGGCCAGCAGUAUGCUCAACAUCAACAUCAACAGCAGCAGCAGCAGCAGCAGCAGCAGCAACAACAACAGCAGCAAGCGUCCAUACAUGGCCAUCGACAAGAACAAUCGCAACAGCAGCAAACUUACGACGAUUAUGCCAGUGCACUAAAUGCUGAUAAAACUGGUAGUAUACGAACAAAAGCAAAAGCAGAAUUCCUAGAGAAUUUAAAUGCGAAAUUAGCCAAACAGGGACUGUCGGGCCGAGCAUUUGCAGUACGUAAUCUAAUCAACAGUAAAGCUUUGCCGGAUCCACGCAUUUGCCACGAAUCAUUGAUGGAUCAAAUUAAACGUGGAGCUACUUUGAAGCGUAAUCAAAAGAUAAAUGAUCGUAGUGCCCCGAAAAUUUAUUGAAGGUGUUAAAACCGAUAUAUUUCUUGUUCCUUGCUAGCCCGUUUUCUGUCUCCGUCAUCCCCUCAUUCUUUGCUCAAGGCAGAAACCUAAAUAUAAUAUAUACCGAUCGAUAUCAAAUGUUAAACAACAUAAUCAUUUUUAAAUACCUUUUUCUAAUUUUUCUACGACCUUUUUUUUUUGAAACUAAAAUGUAUUCAUAUUUAUAUAUUAUAAUAACAGAUCGCUAUGCGGUUUAAAUAGAAAGCAAACGCAAAAGAAAAAAAGAAGAAACCCCCCAACUGAAUUCAGAUAUAAAUUAAAAAUUUGAAAUCCCAUUAAUA